CAGGACUCCAGGGGCUACGCUACUCACUCGCUCUGCAGUUGCGCCAACAUGGCGGAUGAGACGGCGAAAGCACAGGUCGCCCAGCCCGGCGGAGACACGAUAUUUGGAAAAAUCGUACGCAAAGAGAUUCCUGCUAAACUGAUAUAUGAGGAUGAUCAGUGCGUUGCCUUCCCUGAUGUUGCUCCUCAAGCUCCCACUCAUAUCCUAGUAGUCCCAAAAAAGCCAAUUGUUCAACUGUCCAAAUGUGAAGAAAGUGAUGCUGCUUUGUUGGGCCACCUGAUGAUGGUUGCCAAGAAGUGCGCUGCAGAGGCGGGUCUGACUAAAGGCUAUAGGAUUAUCAUCAACGACGGGCCGGACGGGGGCCAGUCAGUCUACCACAUCCACAUCCACGUCUUAGGUGGGCGCACUAUGGGGUGGCCACCUGGUUAACUAACAUGUCCCUCCACACACCACUUUACCAUGUUAACAUCUGUUGUGUGACAUGUAGAACUACCGAGCACAUUGUCUGAAACAAGUCUAACAAAAUGUCAAAACUCAUUCGUGUUAAUAAAGUUCACAACAAGA